AUGGAAUCUCAUGAAUGGAGGGAGAUCUUGGGACCUUUUGUGCAGCCGAAACAGUUUGUUCUUUGCUUUGAUGGGACGGGGAAUAAAUUUGCUGGUGAUGGGUCGGAUACGAAUCUUGUGAAGAUUUAUCGCAUGCUUGAUCGCAGCCAAAGCCACCAAUACCACUACUACCAACCCGGUAUAGGAACGUACGUGACAUCACACUCACUCGGUAGCAAGGGACGAAUCGAGCGUAUCAAGUCUUCAUACAAGAAAGCCAAAGAUGCAGCACUGGGAUCAUCCUUCGAUGAGCACGUCCUAGGAGGAUACAAGUUCCUAAUGCGAUACUAUGCCCCCGGCGACGACAUUUACUUCUUCGGCUUUAGUCGAGGCUCAUAUACGGCACGCUUCCUCGCAGAAAUGCUAGACUACAUCGGUCUACUCCAACCCGGAAACGAGGAACUAGUGCGCUUUGCAUGGAAGACUUUUGCCAAAUGGCAGCAACGGAAAAGUGGCACGGAGCAGGACGACAAGGAGAGACACAAGCUGUUCCGUUUCAUGAAGGCCUUCCGCGAGACGUUCAGUAGGCCGGUGAGUCGGAUUAAGUUCAUGGGACUAUUCGAUACGGUGAAUAGUGUGGCUAUGUUUGAGAAUGCUUGGAUGGAGAGGAGCAAGUUUCCUUAUACGGCGCAGACGACGGCUCGUGUUAUUCGACAUGCUGUCUCUAUCGAUGAGCGGCGGGCCAAGUUUCGGCAGGAUCUGAUAUCGGAGGUUCGACCUGCUGCCCAUGGCCAUUCUCAUACACAUCGGUUGAGGCAUUUGCUCUCACGAGAGGAUCAUGAGAAGACAAACGUCCCGGAGAUUAUUCUACCGGAAAAUGGGGAAGCCGGGAGACAAGGGCGCCGCAGGUCUGCAUCUGGCAGUGGGACGGAUGAAUUCAGAUAUCGUGCCCCGUCGUCGUCACCAAUGCGCAAAGGAAGUUCCGAAUUCCCCAGGACCAAUGCCUAUCUGGCCGAGCAUCGCUCAGUGAAAAGCGCAGUUUCCAGAACCUCUCUCCGAGUUCCCAGCUUGAACAUCCCCGGCAGCGGUGAAGAAGAACAGGAUGAGCAGGACAUCUCAGAAGUCUGGUUCCCAGGUCAACACGGCGAUGUCGGUGGGGGUUGGAAGCUCAACCCAGAGGAUCCCUGGCCAUUAAGUCACAUCCCGCUCGUAUGGAUGGUUAAAGAAGCACAAGCUGCCGGUUUAGAAUUCGACCCCGAGAAACUGAAACGCUUCAAUUGCUACGAGGACUAUCACGCUCCAAGCGAAGGGCUCAAGGAAACCACCCUAUCCAACGGCCUUGCAGCACAUAGUAAAGACACUCCCAACCGACGAACAGACAAAUUCAACGAAGCACUUUCUCAUACCAUGGACCAAGGCAUCGCCCACGACUGCCUCACCUACGGUGGCGGCCUUUCAUUAUUCUCAACAAUGGCAUGGCGAUUAAUGGAGUACCUUCCUUUCCGAAGAAUGGACCUCCAACCCGACGGAACCUGGAAACCGAUUCGCUGGCCCCUUCCUUGUGGAGAAGUGCGUGAUAUUCCCGAGAACGCACAGAUACACAUCUCCGCUGUUCAUAAGCUGCGGAUUGAUCCGAGUUACCGACCGGGGAAUUUGAUUAUUGGAGGGGGAGGACGUGGAGUGAAGAGAGCGCCGGAAAAACUUGGGAUUGGGGAGUGGGAGGUUUGUAGACAUGAGGGUGAUUUGGUGAGACAGACUUAUGUGAGGAAGAAUUUGAAGAAAGAUGAGGAGGGUGUUUGUCGGGAUGAUCAUGCUGCAGAGGUAUAG